AUUCCACCAAUCAUCACUUCUCUUCUCUCCAACCUUCUCGCCUUCACUCUGGGUCUGUGCAAUUCACGGUUGAUGCAAGGGACAGCCAAGUUAUUGUCUGGCUUUAAUGGUGAUUUCAAGGUUCUCUGUUUAUGACAAGUUGGACUUAAUUCGGAUAAUAAAACAAACUACCUUGGGGGAUUCUACUAAGCUUCCAUAAUAGGCCUCUCUUACCAUACAAGCUCCUCCACUCUGAGAUAUUCAUUUUUGUAUAUAACAAGACUUCUUAAGCCUUCAAAGCAAUAGGGAAAAAAAAGUUCAAAGGUUGAGUGAAAUUGGAGAGUGAUGACGAAGGAGUGUGAUUCACCAAAGGAACAGCAGCCUCGAGUUCUUGCCAUAAGGAGGAAUCUGGAGAAACUGAAGCUAGAAUUGCACAACAUCAACCGAGGAAUUGACUCCCAUGUACAGGGGAAGAGAGUGAAUGGAACUUGGGGGGCUUCAAGAUACCUUAUUGGAGAGGAAGAUGAUACCGAAUCUGAUGGAGAUGAGGAUGAUGAUGCUCAAUCCCUUCUUCGAUGUCCUUCCUGUGAUUUUGAGAUUGAUUUUUCUUCUCUGCGUAUCCAUUUGGAAGAGAUGCACUGCUAUGACCCAAAAAAUAUGCUAUGUCCUGUGUGUGAUGAAACAUUAGGGGAGGAUGCAAUCAGGGUUGCACAGAAUUCAAGUGCACAAAAGAGAGCUUGGAAGUCUGACAAAUCUAGCAUCUCGUCGGGUGAUUCAGUAGUGCUUGAAAAGAAACUUCCUGACAGGGGAAGCAAACACGAACCAGUUCCUGAUCCACUUUUGUCACCGUUUGUCCGCAAUGUGUCUGUUCGAAACUCCCAUGGUAUCCAUCCUGGUGAAGGUUCCUCCAGGAAUGCCGCAUACAUUUUCAAUGCAAAAGGCUCUAGGACAGAUGCACCCCAGGAUUCAGCUGAUGAGCAGGAUAUUGAAGAGAGAAGGCUGAGGGCAUCUUUUGUUCAGGAGUUGGUAUCAUCAACUUUAAUCUAGGAAAUAUGCGGCUUAGAAUUUAUAGACACAUUCAUGCAUUCGGAUAGCCUUUAUGCUCCUAAAGAAAGAACAUCGUUUUAUUGUCUCAUGGGUUUAGAAUAGCUGAACUAAGCAUUGGAUAAUCAUAAAAUUGGAUAAUUGCCUCGUUUUGCAGGCUUGCAUUACUGAACUUUUGAACUUAUUUAGGUAUAUUUUUCGUCUAUAUAGAAGUUUAUGUUUUGCAUUACCUUAUUA